AUGACUAUCCCGACCCUCAACUACCGCCUCGCAACCCCAUCCGACGCCCCCCAAAUCCAACAACUGGUCCAAUCCGCCUUCCGCGCCCAAGACCCCAGACCACACUGGAUUGGCGACACCACCCUCGCCUCAAGUUUCAGCAUCGAGACGACAGAGAUCCUAAGCACGAUCACCACGCCCAACAGCGCAUUCCUCCUCGCAACAGACGCCACCGGCGCUCUGAUCGCCUGCGUCGGCAUUUCCAGGAGGACUACCGCUCACGCUGACCUCGCGCGCUUCUUCUUUCUCGCUGUGGAUGAAGCGUACCAGCGUUUUGGGAUCGGGCGGAAGAUCCUUGCUUACGCGGAGGGGUAUUGUCAGAAGCAAUGGGGCGUUAGUAGGGGAGGGCUGAAUGCGCUUUCGACGCGUGGGGAAUUGAUUCAGUGGUAUUCCAGGUGUGGAUAUCAGCCGACGGGGGAGGUGACGCCGUUUCCGGUUGAGAAGUUUAGAGAGGUCGCGUUGCCUGAGGAUUUGUGUUUUGUGGAGAUGGAGAAGGAGUUAGUUGCGGCAUGA